GACAUGUAAGACGGCUGUGAAGGGACAGGUUUGGUAAAAACGAACCGCUUCUGUCACAUGAGUAGGAGGAGGAGGAGGAGGGGAAAAAGGGAGGCUAGAAAAUAGAAAUAGGCAUUUUGACAGCUAGCUUGCGGCUAGCCUGACCAGGUAAGGUCGUCUAAUGCUGUACGCUUUGCCGGAAGAUGAGUGAAGGCGUUACGCAGCUGUCAUACGACAGUGUCAACAUUAUUCCGGAUGCCGACUGACGGAUUUUAAAUACCCAUCCGUCACCAACCAGGGACGUUUCUCGUGGAAUAUAAAUACUGAUUUUUUUGUGGGAUAUGUCGCCAACGGGGACGGUUAUGAUGCUGAUCCCCAGUAACCAAGGUUGAUGUCUUGACUUAAUGACCAUGAAGAUCCCAGAAAAGUGACAUCGGUGGAGCCUGCAGCCCAAGGGUGCCACUUAUUGGGCACUAUGGCAUCCAGUGAGAGACUGUACGAGGUCUGGAUGCUCUAUUGCACUAAGAGGGACCCAGACUACUUGAAGCUAUGGCUGGAGAGUUUCAUCAGCUCCUAUGACCGUUGCCUGGAUGUGGACUUUGAAAAGCUGCCAUCAAGGCCAGAGGAGCCACCGCCAGUAUUGAGCCUCCUCCCAGACAACAUCCUGCAGGUUUUGCGCCACCAGCUGCUGCAGUGUGUCCAAAAGGCCUCUGACGGCCUGGAGCCCGAGCAGCAAAACCUGGCACUGCUGCUACUCAAGUUCCUCAUCAUUGUGUGCAGGAACCUGUCUAACGUGGAGGAGAUUGGCACUUGCUCCUAUAUCAACCACAUCAUUGCCAUGACGACACUUUAUAUUCAACAGCUGAAGAGCAAGACCAAAGAGAAGGAGUUGGUGGACCAGAGCCAAGCAGAGGAGUUUGUCCGUCAUGCACUGGCAUUCUGCGAGAGCCUCUAUGACCCUUAUUCCAACUGGAGGCUUCGAAUAUGCGGGGAGCAUUUGGGCACAGUCGAAAGGAGUAGGCAGAAGUACAAAGCAGCUCCACUUACUGUGGAAUUUGUUCCUUUCUUUUACCAGUGUUUUCAAGAGAGUGAACAUCUGAAGGAGAGUCUCAAAUGUUGUCUAUUGCACCUUUUUGGUGCCAUAGUAGCGGGUGACCAGAAGAAUGCUGUACUUGCUAUCUCUCCAGCCACCAUGGAGGUUUUAGUGCGUGUGCUGGUAGACUGCUCCAUGGGUAGCUGCUCCGCAGAUGAGGGCGAAGAUUGGGACAGUGAGGCCCCCGAUCGGAAGGCUUGUCUGACUCUGGGAUGUUUGAGGGUGGUGGUGCAGUGCCUCCUGGCCGCUAGUUCUGACCAGCGGCAAGUGGAAAUAGCCUCUGUGCUAGAAAACUACUUCAAGCUGCUGAACUCAGACCCAGCAGCUGUGGUUGCUGCACAACAGCAACAACAGCAGCAAGCCAAAGGACGAGUGCCAACACUGGGCCGACACUGGGAAAGCCGCUUUGUGGCUUUGCAAGUGCACAUGCUAGAUACAAUGAGGGACAUGUUCCUGUGUUCAGACAGACCAGUUCUACAAGCCAUCUUCCUCAACAGUAAUUGCUUUGAGCAUUUGAUACGACUGCUACAGAAUAGCAAGCUGGUUAACGCUAGGUGCACGGCAGCAGACAAGGACCAGAAAGAUAUAACCAACAACAGGUUACUGACAAGAGACAGAGACACUCAGGUGUUUCAAGGACGAUUAGACUCUCUUGCUGUAGCAACCAUAAAGGCCCUGACAACAGUGAUGCAUAAAUCACCAGCUGCAAAGGAGGUGUUUAAAGAGAGGAUUGGUUACAAUCAUUUGUACGAGGUCCUCGUCUCGCUCGGCCAGCCAUCUCGACAUCUCCUGAAAGAGCUGAUGAACAUGGCAGUGGAGGGUGAGCACACCUCAGUGGGUCUCUUGGGAAUCAGCAAUGUGGAGCCUUUGCUGCUGCUGGUACAGUGGCUGCCAGAUUUGGACUCAUCCGAGUUACAGAUUUUCGCUGCUGACUGGCUCUGCCGCCUAAGCUGCCUCAACCGACAGACGCGUGCUACUUGUGUCAAUGCUGCCAUGGUCAUGCGUGCGCUGGCUGUCCUGGAGUGCCACCAGAGGCUGCACAGAACAUGUGCGGAGAGCCUUUUGGGAUUGGUGGGCUCUCUUGGCUCUCAGUCACUGAGCACCAGGGAUCUCCUUCAGCUGCUGCAUUUGCUCAGGCCUACAGAUUCAAGCCAAGCUCACCCCUAUGUGGGUCCUGUCCUGAAAGCUCUCCUCGCCAUGGUACGUAAGCAGGGUCUGGAAAGUGCCAUGCAGUACUUCGAUCUGUCGCCCAGCAUGGCAGGCAUUGCCGUUCCAAUCGUGCAGCGCUGGCCAGGCUCUGCCUUCAGUUUCCUGGCCUGGUUGUCCCUGGACCAGGAUCAGUUGGGUCCACUCAGCAAAGACAAAAGGAAGCAGCUGUACAGUUUUUUUACCUCGGGGGGCACAGGCUUUGAGGCCUUCAUUAGCUCUGCCGGUGUGCUUGUGGUUGCUGUUUGCACAAAGAAAGAAUAUGUCACAGUCAUGCUGCCUGACAACUGCUUCUGUGACUCUCUCUGGCACAGCAUUGGUGUGGUGCACAUACCAGGAAAGAGGCCAUUUGGGCAGAGUCUUGUCUACAUUUAUGUGGACGGACAACAGAAACUGUCUGCCCCGCUCAAGUACCCCACAAUGACCGAGCCCUUUACCUCCUGUUGCAUCGGCUCAGCAGGCCACAGGACCACUACUCCUCCACCAUCUCAGAUCCCAGACCCCCCCUUCUUGUCAGCCACCACACCCAACACACGCUCCUCGUUGGGUGGCAUCCUUUCUCCUCAGACCUGGGGAGGACUACUGAGUGGAAAGCCUGAGUCUGUGACUAAGCUCAUUUCAGCAGGGACCCAGGACAGCGAGUGGGGAAGCCCUACUUCUCUGCAGGGUCAGUUGGGGAGUGUUAUGGUGUUCCAUGAAGCCCUGCAGCCCAACCACAUUAAAGCCAUCUGUAGUGCUGGUCCAAACUGUAUCUCCCCUUUGAAAGUCCAGGAAGCAGAAAUUGGUGACCUUUCAAGCAAACUGCUACUACAUUACUCACCAAAGGCUUGUCAAAACCCAAUCUGUCUGGAUCUGUCCCCCAAUAAGCUGCAUGGUCGCCUGACCGGGAAGAAAGUUGUUAACUGGGACGUCAAGGAUAUGAUCAAUUGUGUCGGUGGGUUGCCAGUACUCUUCCCUAUACUUGAGCAGUUGGCUCUUGUGACCCCUGAUCAACAGCCCAGUGAUGUUCCAACUGGGUCAGAUUUCAUCACCCCAGAUGUGACCACUCCAGCCGACGGCGAGUGGGUCAUUCUCCCAUCUAACAGGGCUUCAGAAGCACGCCUCGAGAAGAAUCUGGUAGCCACUUUCCUGUUGGUGCUGAAACAUUUUCUCCAGCGGCAUGCAAUAAACCAGGAGAAUCUGCUCCACUCGCAUGGUGUUGGUACACUGGGAGCCCUGCUGCAGAAGCUUCCCGCAGGUCACGUUGAUGUCAGUGUCCUGGUGGCUAUGCAGCUGCUGAUAGAGCAGGUGACCUAUGAGAAGAAUCAGGCUCUACUGCAGCAGCUUCAUACGCAUCUGCUGUUCAACUUCAACAUCUGGAAUAAAGGGGACUUCCCUUUACGAAUAGGUCAUAUACUGUAUAUGUCUACUGUCAUCAAAGACAACAGGAAGCAGUUCCGGAAAAAAUAUGGUGUACGAUUUCUUUUGGACAUCAUACGCCUCUAUUAUGGGAAAACCAGUAAUAAAGACAGUGACCUGAGUGAGGACGACAUUCGAACCAUCCGCAUGUCUCUCUGCGGGCUCGUCAAGUACUACAUCAGCAAGGGCAUGUCACAGGAAGAGAUGCACAGUAUUAUGGGAUAUAUUGCUGCCAUUGGCGACGAGGAUCAGAUUUGUGGGCUGUUGGAGAUGUUACUCAGCCUCCUUCAGAGCAGUCCAUCCAGAGACCAACUCUUCCUGCUCCUCUUUGAGCCCGGAGCUGCUGAUUCUUGUUACGCUCUUCUGCUCAACAGCAAACACUCAGACCGCGUCAGAGAGCUCGUCUUCAAGCUGUUUGAGCGCAUGCUGCGAUGCGACCGUGUCUAUGAGAAAAACAAGCAGCGUUUGAGAUUGCGGGAGGCGGGUUACAGCGGCCUGUCGCUUCUCUUCUCCGAUCUUCACAUAACGCCGUCACUCGUUCGCUGCGUCCUCAACCAGGUCCUCCACACAGAUCAAGUAGUGAACUACAAGGACUUGAUGGCAUUGGUUCAGUUAACUCAUCGAUCGGGACCCAGUGUUCGACUCAUUGUCUGCAAGAGGGUGUACCAGCUGCUACAAUCCCAACAAGACGCUGCUUACCAGAUCUCAAGGCAGCAGUGCUGGCAGGACACUCUGACACGACUCUACUUGCGAGGAGAAGGCUCAUCACGAAAUGCAGACAACGUCAGCACCUGCAGCUUGGACUUAAACCGACCUAGUGGAAGUAGUAAUAACCGUCUGGAGUUGCCGCUAGAUCGUAGAACUAGGGUGGGCAGUGCUGGCCGCUUGGACCGCCCAGAGGACGACUGGCUCAGCAUCGGUGACACUCGCUCUGUGGACAGCUUGGAGAACGGCGAUGUCAUCUCACUGUUGGACACUCCGUCAUCGUCCACUUCCACUGAGCCACAAGCCCAAAUCAAGCCCUGGGUGGUAGGAAAAUCUGGGGGCUUAACGCUGGAUCUCUCUCAUCUGCAAACCUACGAGGGCUUGGAGAGUGGCAGCCAGACACCCGGCAGCAUGCCUAGCACGCCCUCACCACUGGAGACAUCAAAGCCUUUUCCAUCGAACUCUGGGAGUUUAGAUGCAAAUGCCUCACUGCCUGAAGACACCUUCCUUUUCAGUGACACCCUUUCACUAGGAGAGUCCUUCAAUAACAUGGAGCGAGCUGAGGAGGAACUGUGCAGCAUGUUGCUGGAGAUAUUGUUGUGUGUCAUGUGGCGUGGAGUUGAAGGCUCUGACGAUUCGGCCUGGCUGGAGCGUGGACAAGUCUUUUCAGCUCUGACAAAGCUGGGCACGGCGAACGAGCUGCUGCUUCCUGUUGACCAAAUCAAACUCAGUCUCAUGGAACGUAUGUUGGAAUGGGCGGUGAGUGACAAUCGCGAAGCAUCCGCUGCCACGUUGCCUCAACACACGGAGAACGCCGUUCGUCUGCUUCAUGUGGUACAAGACUUCCUGCAGGCUGAGGGUCUGAUCAACCCAGCCCUGUGGACGGAGAAGGUACUGGAGGAGUCUGUGACACUGAUGGACUGCCUCAUGGUAUGGUAUUCUGCUGGUACCCAGUGGUUCCAGCUCUCCCAAGUAGGACUGAGACUGCUGUUGGGUUUCAUGGCUCAAGAGGAUUCAGAGGUGUCUGCAAUUGCCACUGCCAAGCUUAAUUUUGUCCUCCAAAUGAAGGAGGUGUCCAGCCAGGACGAGGCUUGCUACUUGUUGGGGAAGGUCGAGGGUAUCCUAAGGCGGGCUGUUCAAGAGAAGGCGGAAGAAACAUACACCUUCCUGGUUCCUUUGUUGCGAACACUCCUCUCCAAAGUUCACCGCCUCCUUUAUAUGGAGCUGCACCUUCCCCAAUUGCCUGAUACCAACGGGAGCCCAUCUUUCUUUGAGGACUUCCAAGUAUACUGCAACUCAACCGAAUGGCGUGUCUACCUGGACAAAUAUAUCAUCCCAUACAUGAAGCAGUAUGAAAUUGAGACCUUCAGUCAAGGCCAUGAGAGCAUGGCGCUCUACUGGAAGGAGUGCUUUGAGGCCUUCAUGGUCAGUUUGCAUAAAAGAGAACGAGAGAGGGGGGAGAGUAAGAUCCGCUUCCAGGAACAGUUUGUUGAGCCCUUCUCCCGCCGAAGUCGUCAGGAGAACCUGCGGUACAACAGCAUGCUAAAGCAGCAGCAUAGUCAAAACGGUGCCUCUCUCAGGCAAUGGAAGGCAGCACGGCGGGGCCUCAUUUGUGAAAGGGGGCCUUGGGCCGAAAGGCAGCAGGAUAAGAUGCACUGGAGGGUAUCUAGUGCUGAGAACUUUUCCCGCAUGAGGUUGAAGCUGGUAAGAAAUCACAACUUUGACCCUCAUAAGGAGGCCAGCGCUCUGCGAGACAACCUUGGUGUUCAUCAGCAGUUGCUAAACCCAGAAUCUCUGCUGCUGGAGGCUGUGAAGCAGGUCAAAGUCACCAACUUGGAAGAUGAUGUUUUGGAGCUGCCUGAGGAUGACCCCGCUGCAGGCAACAACCAGACUGAAGCAGAGGAGGCAGGUCAAAAGGAGAAACUGGUGUUGUGGGAAGACUGUGAGCUGGUGACUGUGGUCGACGUGGUCCCUGGCCGCUUAGAAAUAACCACCCAACAUAUCUACUUCUAUGACAGCAGCCAAGAGAAGGAUGAAGGUGUGGGCCAUGAUUUCAAAUGGCCUCUGAGUCAGAUCCGCGAGGUCCACCUGCGGCGAUAUAACCUGCGACGCUCCGCUUUGGAAAUUUUUCUUAUCGACCAAACCAAUUACUUUCUCAACUUCAAGAAAGAGGCAAGAAACAAAGUGUAUAACCGAAUGUUGGUGCUGCGAUCCCUCAGUCUGUACGGAACCCGUUCUCCACAGGAGCUCCUAAAGGCCUCCGGACUUACACAGAAAUGGGUCAACCGGGAGAUUUCCAAUUUUGACUAUCUAAUGCAACUGAACACAAUUGCGGGCAGAACGUACAACGACCUGGCUCAGUAUCCAGUGUUUCCCUGGGUUUUGGCUGACUACACAUCAGAAGAGUUGGACCUUUUGGAUCCACGGGUAUUUCGGGAUUUGUCCAAGCCAGUGGCAGUACAGAACCACCGCAAUGCAAAGACAGUUCGAGAAAAGUAUGAAAGUUUUGAGGACCCAACAGGCACCAUCGACAAGUUCCAUUAUGGUACCCAUUAUUCAAGCGCUGCUGGGGUAAUGCACUACCUCAUCAGAGUGGAGCCCUUCACCUCCCUGCACAUCCAGCUACAGAGCGGACGAUUUGACUGCGCCGACCGACAGUUCCACUCCAUUCCGGCAACUUGGCAGACGCUCAUGGAUAACCCCAAUGAUGUCAAGGAGCUCAUCCCUGAGUUCUUCUACUUCCCAGAGUUUCUAGAGAACCACAAUGGCUUUGACCUCGGUCGUAGGCAGAUAACCAAAGAAAGAGUGAAUGAAGUCAUUCUACCUAAAUGGGCCAAGUCUCCUGAGGACUUCAUCUGCAAGCACCGCAAAGCCCUGGAAUCUGAGUAUGUCUCAAUGCACCUUAAUGAAUGGAUUGAUCUGAUCUUCGGUUACAAGCAGAAGGGUCCUGCAGCCGUGCAGGCCCUCAAUGUCUUCUACUACUGCACAUAUGAAGGGGCAGUGGACCUUGAUGCCAUAACAGAUGAAAAGGAACGUAAAGCCCUGGAAGGCAUGAUCAGCAACUUUGGACAGACGCCAUGCCAGCUCCUCAAGGAGCCCCAUCCAAUACGUCUCACUCAAGAAGAAGUGGAGAAGAGGAAGGCUCAGCUGGACUCCUGUCCUCUCAGCAUGUUCGAACACCUCAGCGACCUUAAAUCCUUCUUUGUUGAGGGCAUUAGUGACAAUGUUCCGCUGGUUAAAGCUGUUGUUCCAAAGAAUCAGUCCCACUCCUUCAUCAGCCAAGGCAGCCCAGACACUAUGGUGACAGUAAGUCAGAACUGUCUGUUCGGGACCCACGGGUGGCUGCCUUACAAUAAGAACAUCUCCAACUACUUCACCUUCAUUAAGGACCCCACAGUGUCCAACACCAAGACGCAACGUUUUCUGUCAGGACCCUUCGCUCCUGGCAUAGCGGUAACAACAGGCCUCUUUGUGGUCUCGCAUGAUGGGAAGCUGCUCUUCAGUGGUGGACAUUGGGACAAUAGCCUACGGGUCACCUCACUAGUCAAGGGCAAGACUGUGGGGCAGCAUAUCCGACACAUGGAUAUUGUAACCUGCCUGUCAACAGACCACUGCGGCAUCCACCUAAUGUCAGGUUCCAGGGACACAACCUGCAUGGUGUGGCAGGUCCUGCAACAGGGUGCUGCUCCUGUUGGCCUGCAUCCUAAACCUGUUCAGGUGUUAUAUGGCCACACAGAUGAGGUGCUCAGCGUCAGUAUCAGCACCGAGCUGGACAUGGCUGUGUCUGGAUCACGGGAUGGGGUAGUGAUCAUCCACACGGUGCGCAAGGGUCAGUACGUGCGUUGCUUGCGACCGCCAUGCGAAAGUUCCUUGCCGCUGUCCAUCCUCCACUUGGUCGUGUCCUGGGAGGGCCACCUGUUGGUCCACACCAGUCUGGAGGGCAAGGCAACACUCAAGGAUAAAAACACCCUCCAUCUUUACUCUGUGAACGGGAAGCACCUUUGCAGUGAACCUCUGAAGGAGCAGAUGACCGACAUGUGUGUUUCUGGGGAGUUUGUGGUCAUUGGCAGCGAGCAGGGCUACUUAUCUAUAAGAGACCUCUACAGUCUCUCCCUGUGUGCGGAGCCCAUGGCCAUGCGGGUGCCCGUGUGCUGCGUGUCUGUCACCAAGGAGCAGAGUCACGUCCUGGUCGGACUGCAGGAUGGCAAAUUGAUCAUCGUUGGCGUGGGCAAGCCGGCAGAGGUAAAGAACUCUCUGAGGAACUACAUCGCUCAGAGCCUGGAGGGAUCGCCACUCAUGGCCUCACCCUUGUUGGCGCCGCUGCGAGCUCGCUCUCCAACUCGUCUACUACACCAGCGGGACCAGCUGGUGUUCGACUCCACUUCUGUCAUCCAGAAACCGUAGCAGCUCUAGUCUUAUGAAUACUCUCCUGUGCUGACGCCUCAUCUAAAGCUCCUUGUAUUCAACAGUGGGGGAGUUGACUGCCCCCAUUUGAGGCUUAUUACCAGAAGUGUCAUUACUUUAUAACGUCAAACACGUCACAUGCAACACUAAAAACACUGCUUUGGCAAGCCAUAUUAAUAGAGUAGCUACUUUCUAAUCAUAUAAGCUGAUAAUAUUGCACUAAUCUAGAAUGAAAUAGUGUUUUAUCGUGUAUAGUAACGUAGCAGACAUCGGUCCAGGCAGGAAAUCAUUGCACGCCUUUUUCACCUUUUCACACCAAAGUUUAUCAAACUUUGAUUUUUUUAAUUUAGUUAUUGCUACCAGCAAUGAAAUGGCAACAAACUAAUCACUCAUAAAUCAUAUCCCCUUCCUCUCCCUGUUUCUUUUGGCUUCAUGCUUUUAUACCCCCACUUCCACCCAUCCCUUCAACCACACCCCCUUCCUCCAUCCUACUUCCUUUUUCCGCCGCUCCUCGCAGAUGCGUUCCGGCCAGAUCACACGGAAGCUGUGGGGCUCCACUAAAAGACUGACCAGGAUCUCGUCGGGGGAAUCGGACUACAACAUCUAGCAUGCCCACCGUCCCAAGUCCACCCUCACCCCCGCCCCCUUGAAUGCUUCCCCCUUCACGCUCAUCCUCCAUUCCUGUCAAUUAUAAGUGGACUGCUCCUUUUAUUGGUUCCUACUUUGGACUGACCGUACGGCGCUGGCGCUGUGGUUGAGAUCCAUAAGUAGCUGCCGCCUUCAUCAACACUGCGCCAUGUUGUUUGUGUGUAUAAUUUCAAGUGACCUUUAUGUCCCGCUACUUUGAUGCAGAAGCAGUACAAGAUUCAGAAAUAUUCCUCAAAGCUGCCAAUCAGUAAGACAACGCCCGUCACUUGCAAGACCAAAUUCUUUUUUCAUGUCUUUUUCAUAUCUGUUUUGUUUUUUCGACGAAUGCACACAUGCUUCCUGCAGCUUGGCUUGUCAUGUGGUAUUUCUGGAGCGCAAAUAUAACUUGGAGAUGUGAUAGCAGCAGGGGACACUUGUAGACAUGACAUAACAGCCUUUUGAAGUUACUUGAAAUCGUUUUUAUUUAUAAGAAGAGUAGCAUUUUGUCAUCGCACAUUGAAUUCAAUCAUCCCCAGACUGUUCCAACACCCUUUAGGGAAGAUCUCCAAGGGCUCCACCAGAUGUCAGCAGCAGUAAUAGCAAUACUUUGUUGGGUGCUGGUUUUUGUGUCUUGUCGCCUCACAUCAUUUCAUCUGCAUGUUCCUUAUGUCUUCCGCUUACCGUUCCCUGAUGAUAAGUGUGCGUCGUUGCCUCAAAUGGUUUAUAAAUCAUUCCUGUCUAUAAACAGGGUACUUACCUACACUAAUUGUUAUUUUUGUCUGUCAUUUGGACUCAAAGCCACAGUGGGAAGCUCCUGUGGAGACUGCCUGAUUCACAUUUUUGCAUUGUGAUUUUGUGUAUAAGUCGGUCGUACAUGUCGGUAAUGAUGUCUAUUUACGUUACUAAACCCAAGUGUCCCGUCAUACACGCCAACUAUUUCCCUCUGUGAUUCUUUUUGUUUUAUUCACUGACAUUGAUUUCUAAGACUUCCAACAAAUGGAGUGCCUUUAUCCCAGGAUGGUUCUCAUAGUGUCGUGUUCCUGGCAUUAAAAUAACAGAGGAAGUGGCUUUAAGACAAAUGACAUCUUAGCAUUAUUCUCUGUGACUCACCAAAAUGGAUAUGUGUAUAUCUGUGAUUAUUUAUGAAACAGUCUAAAUAUAUAGUGUACAGCAUGAUUUUUUUUUAUUAUUUCAAUGUUUUUAAAUGUACUUUUUGCACUUUCCAGGUACUCAAAUAGUAAGAAAUUGUUUUAAAUUGGCUCCUUAAACUGUACAUACUUGCUUUGUAUACACAAGUGGAACAUGAUCAUUAAAGUCUUGUCUGGAUUUAGACUACAAGUGUAUAAAAGUGUGG